AUGGCAGCACAGGAGACACAGAACCCAACAAGUGGGGAUAAGUCAGACGAUGAUCAGACGGCCAGAGCGGUUUCUCUCGCCCGGCUCCUGCACCAAGAGAGCUCCCUGCUGCUGAAGCUAUUUAAGGAGAAGGAGUCGUUCUUUGAGGACUACACCCCUGAUGGUGGUCGCAUAGUGUCCCUGAGUGCAGCCUCAGAGGAGCCCAGCACUGAGGAGCAGGUGCUGCUGCUGCACUCAGGACUGCGGCAGUGUUUGGGGCUGAUCCACUGUGUCAUACUGAAGGAGGAGGAGGAGUGGGGAGACUUAGAGGGAGAUUAUGAAAGUAUGAGGAAAAAUGUACAUCAGCGGCUGGGGUACCUGCUUCAUACCACCAAAGCCUUAAUGGAAAAUGAGGAGACCAUUCUGGAAGCCACUCCUGACCACCAGUGCACGGAGGAAGUCGAUGGUUCUGCCGGGGUCUUUGCGCUCAAAAUGUGGACCUAUAGGGUUUUGUUGGAGCUUGUCCACUGGGCUGACCAUGCAGCCAAUACUUUGUACAAACUCCAUUCAGAACGGGAGGGAAAAUUGCUAAAUUAA